AACCAUGCAACCUCCUAAGUCCCUACCAUAAAAACAAAACAUAGUAUUCUCUUUCAAUCCCCAUCUCUUCAAAACAUUAAUAGAAUUAUAUCUUUGUCCAUAUGGACCAAAAACCCCACAUAGCUCUUUUACCAAGUCCAGGGAUGGGGCAUCUCAUCCCUCUUGUUGAGUUUGCCAAGCUUCUUCUUCAUCAUCACGACUUCCACAUCACAUGCAUCAUUCCCACAACAGGGUCUCCAUCCAAAGCCAUGAAAGAAGUCCUUCAAGCUCUCCCUACUAGCAUAGAGCAUGUCUUUCUUCCUCCAGUAAACUUGGAGGACCUCAAAGGAGCAAAGCCUGGACUGCAAAUUAGACUGACCAUGACUCGUUCACUGCCAUCGCUUUGUGAUGUGUUAACUUCACUAGUUGCAACUACUCGGUUAGUUGCUUUACUGGUUGAUCCUUUUGGGAUUGAUGCUCUUGAUGUUGCUAAGGAGCUCAAUGUCUCGCCCUACAUUUUCUUCCCAUCAAAUGCUAUGGUUUUGUCGUUGGUUUUGAAUUUGCCAAAGUUGGAUGAGACAGUUUCAUGCGAGUAUAGAGACCUACCUGAACCAGUGAAACUUCCGGGGUGCAUACCUAUUCACGGUCGAGAUCUUAUAGACCCGAUUCAAGAUCGAACAAGUGAGCGGUACAAAUUGUAUCUUCGCGGAACAAAACAGAUGCGAUUAGCUGAGGGUAUUGUUAUUAAUACCUUCAUGGAGUUGGAUGGAAAUGCUAUAACAGCUUUGGAAGAAGAAGCUAAAAAUCUCUCACUUUAUACAAUUGGACCCAUCAUUCAAAGUGGUUCAAGCAACCAGGUUGAAGGGUCAGACUGUUUGAGAUGGUUGAACAAUCAACCAAGUGGCUCUGUCCUAUUUGUUUGUUUUGGGAGUGGUGGAACCCUCUCAUAUGACCAAAUGAAUGAGUUAGCUUUAGGAUUGGAAUUGAGUAAGCAAAAGUUCUUAUGGGUGGUAAGAAGCCCAAAUAAUGAAUUGGCUAAUGCUGCAUACCUUGCUGACCAAACCCUCGACAACAACCCUCUUGCUUUCUUACCGAAAGGUUUUAUAGAGAGGACCAAAGAACAAGGUCUAGUGGUGCCCUCUUGGGCACCACAAGCCCAAGUCCUUAGCCACAAUUCAACAGGUGGGUUCUUAAGUCACUAUGGUUGGAAUUCAACCUUGGAGAGUAUCAUGCAGGGCAUACCAAUAAUUGCAUGGCCGCUUUUCGCUGAACAAAGAAUGAAUGCAAUAUUACUAACUGAGGUUCUCAAAGUUGCACUGAGACCAAAAGCUAACGAGAAAGGCCUAGUGGAUCAGGAAGAAAUCGCAAAAGUUAUAAAAGGUCUCAUGGUUGGAGAAGAAGGGAAGAAAGUUCAUAACCAUAUGAAAAAUUUAAAGAUUGCUGCUGAGAAAGCACUAAGCCCAAAUGGGUCUUCUACAAAGGGACUCACUGAUUUAGCAUCCCAAUGGACAAAUCAACCUGACUCUUAGAACAUGAAACAUUUCUUUCUUAAUUUUAUACUUUAUCCAUGAUUGUUUUUCUGCUUUAUUCCUCUCUUGUUUUUCAUUAUUCACUAGUUGUCUACUGACUCUGUUGAGUCUAUUCUAUAUCACUUUGCUUUUUUGAUAACAAGUCUCACUUUGCGUUGUA